GCCAGCGCAGUUCCGGUGCCGGCCGGCAGGGGCCGCUGCGCAGAGUCCCGUCGCGCCUCCUCCGCUUCAAGCGCCACGGCCGCAGUCCUCCUUCUCGACGACGUCCACUCGGUUGAACACAAUGUUCAAAAGCGGCCGGGGAGCCCGAGGAGCCCUCAAAGCCCUCCGAGGAGCCCAGCCUGCCACCGACGGACCCGCACCGGGAGCAUGGAGCUGAAGGCGGCGCCCUUGUUGUGCUGGUUGUGCUGCUGCUGGGUCGCUUUGCUGGACGCCGCGGUGGUGCCACCCGCGGAGAGAAGAGGAGGGGGCCCCGCGGUGGUGGUCCCCCACGAGUAUAUGGUGGCUCUUUACCACCGCCUGGCCCACAGCAAGGAGAGCCCUCGAGGAGGAGGAGGAGAAGAACCACGCGCGGCGGACACAGCCACGGGAUUCGUGGACCAGGCGCCGCAGCACACAGAGGUCUCUGCCUUGAAGGAGCGGCGCUUUGUCUUCGACAUUUCCAGCCUGCCUGAGGCAGACGAGGUAGUAGGAGCUGAGCUACGGGUCCUGCGCAAAACCCCCGAAAACCAGAGCUUGGCUUGGUCGCAGGAAGGCCUUUUCCACCGCCUCAUCCUUUCCACUUGUGACAAUGAUGACCAAGAUGGAGGAAAUGGAAGUGAAGAUGAUGACCGGAAGCUCCUGGACUCUCGGGCGGGAGACACUGUGGAGGCAGGUGACACCAUUUUGCCUCACUGGGAAGUGUUCGAUGCUUGGGCUGCCCUGAGGCACAGCCACAGACCAAGAGAGCUUUGCUUCCUCCUCAGCCUGGUCUCGGAGAGCUCAGGGAGGCCGUUGCCUCCAGGACAAAUGGGCUUUGGCCUGGAGCAGCUACCAUUGCCACAUGAGAGGGCCCUGCUGGUGGUCUUUUCGCGGGCCAAGCGGAAGGAAAGCCUUUUCAAGGAGAUCCGUGAGAAGGCCAAAGGGGGCUUGGGGCCUGAGGGUCUCUCUCCAGAGCCAGCUAAACAGAAAGCAGCGGCUGCAGGGCGUCGUAGGCGGCGCACCACUUUGGCGGGCCGGGCUUCGGCCUCUUCUUCCUCAUCUUCAUCUUCAUCAGGAUUGCGUAGUCCAGGCAAAAAAGCUAAGAGCCGCUGCAGCCGCAAGGCCUUACAUGUCAACUUCAAAGAGCUGGGCUGGGAUGACUGGAUCAUUGCACCACUGGACUACGAGGCCUACCACUGUGAUGGUGCUUGUGACUUCCCGCUCCGUUCACACCUGGAGCCCACUAACCAUGCCAUCAUCCAGACCCUCAUGAACUCCAUGGACCCUGAGGCUGCGCCACCCAGCUGCUGUGUGCCCUCCAAGCUCAGCCCCAUCAGCAUCCUCUACAUUGAUGCUGGCAACAAUGUGGUUUACAAACAGUACGAGGACAUGGUGGUGGAGAGCUGUGGCUGCAGGUAGCGGUGCCAUUUCCAACUCUCAUACUCCUCACCCUUCAAGGCCUCCCAAGGAGGUUCUCUUAGGUCUGCUCUCCACAGUAUUUUCCUUGCUGAGGAGGGGACUUGGGGUGUUCUGACCCUUUGAGGCAGAAGGAGAAGAGUUGUUGGGCUCAGUAGCCUCCCUUUUCAAGGCUGCAGCUGCUACUGACAUUUUCCUCACGCUCUCAUCCCCACAAAGGUGGUUUGGGCAGCUGCCAUCCAUCCGUACCACUCCACAUCCCAGUCUUGCUUUAGCUACCCCACAAAUGGGCACUUUAAAAGGAAGGAUGAUGAAAGAAAAGAACAAAAAAUGCUAUGAAAUGGAUGAAGACAGAAAGAAUGAGGAUGUGGGAUUACAGUCACCCGAAUACAUUGACUUUCCAUGACAGUUCUCCAGAAUAUUCUCACUUUCUCUCUUGACUGGGAGGAUAGCUGAGGGGAUCAAAUUGUGGUAAUAAUCUACAGGGGUGGGUUUCUCCUCAAACCUUUUAAAAAGUAAAUAUUUCACCCAAUUAGUCCUUAUCUAGUCUCCAGUCAAUCUCAUACACCACUCAUGGUUCUGGAGGGCAUUCUAGUCUGCAUGGAGUCCUCUGGACUCCAUUUUCCCCUGGCCUAAAUUUUCCCCUGGAACCCAUCAAAUACAUUGUUUUGGUUUGAGGGAAGAUUAGGGUUGCAUCUAUACUGCAGUUUGACAUUACUUUAGCUGCCAUAGUGCGGUACCAGCACUCUUUGGCAGAGAAGGCUAAAGACCUCCCAUGUAUUCCACAGCUUUGAGCCAUGGCAGUUGAAGUGGAGCCAAACUUCAUGAAGUCUAUAGUGUAGACAUCCUAAGCUUGGUAGAACAGCUUUCUUUGAAGGCUUUUUGUAACAUUGGUAAUCCCUGAUAAAGCCUCAGCUGAAAAUUGAUUGAAAAUCACUGGCCUCUCUUUUCCUUUGUCUUAUAGUCUCUUACAAUAUGCCACUUUUAUUGAUUUUUGUACAUUUUCUCUCUCUCAGAAGAGUGAUUAUUACAAUCACUUUAUCUACUUCUGGCAAAAUGUCUAACCUGUGGAACCUCAGACCCUCCAAAUAUUCAUCACUCCAAUCAAUAUGAUGGGUGGAAAGGGCUAAUGGGAAUUGUAGUUCAAUAUGUGGAAAGUCACAGGUUCCCUACUUUUAAAAACACAAUCAUAUAGGUUUAGUGAGAGCUUAGGCCCAUUGUGUUCAGUGUAACUCAUUCCAAAGAAGUGUUUCUAGGAUUGUUGCAAUCUGAAACAAAUACACAAAGAUUUAUCUGAUUGCUUGUCAAGAAAUUAUCUCGAAGAAGUAACUGUAAGGCCAAAAUUCUUUGUGCACAUGGUUGGCUGGUAUCACUGAACAUAGUGCAACUUUUGAGUAAACAUGAAGAAGAUUGUGACCCAACUACAAAUUCCCUGCCAGAAUGGUUCCCAAGCAGCACUAGAGACUACAGAUGCUUGAUUCUCUUCCAGUCUGUGUUGAUAAAAAGACUGAUUUUGGGAUGAAACUCCAUUGACCCAGCAGUGUCUGUAGUCUUAGAACUAUUCUGUUCUCCAGAUAAUCCUCCUGGCCUUAAAGUAUAAUUUGCUACACAACACCUUCCCUUUUCUUAGAGAGUUAAGAGUCCAAAUUAUGAUGUUACUGCUUCUCAGCAACGGCUUGACAGUCCUUGAUCGAGUACUCAUCCAUACUUGGGGACUGACUCAAAAAUCCCAAAGGACAUAACAAGUAAUUGUGUAAUCCUUGUCUGUUUUUCUCAUUUUCUCUUCUUAUAUCACAUAUGGUUUCCUUCUUAACCUCAUCUUGAUUAAUAUUCAUUGAGGCUGCCAAUGGGUGGAGAAAAUUGCUUUUUGGGCCAGAUUUGGCUCUAAGGCUGGUAGCUGGUCAUUCUUGCUUUAAAUAAUGAAACAAAUUCAUUUACCACUGGUCAGGCAUAUACCUUCUAAGGUUUGCAUAACACUUUGGGCUGAAGGCCACGAGGCAUCCACCUCUUUCCCCUGCUCUGCUGCUGACAAGAUUACAUAAUUAUACUAGCAGAAAGUCCAUUAUCAUUGAGGGUGUAUGAAUGAAAAAAAAUUGAUAGUGCAAAAACAUCUGUGUGUUCUCAUUGCAAAUCUUGGCCUCGUCCAUAGCUUUGUGCUAAGAAUUAUGUUUCACACGCAGAAGGUCUCAAGUAAUCUUCAUGUCAGACUGAGAAAGUUUCAUUUUUCAAACUUGGAAGACCCAUUGCCAAUCAGUGUCGAUAAUACCAAUGAGCUAGAUGAAGCCAUGAUCCAAUUCUACAUAAGACUAUGUUAUCCUUGGCAUUGAUGUGUCUGAGCCACCCAUGGUUGGAUUUGGAGAGCAGGUUUUGAUCUGAAAGUAACAUUGCUCCCAAGGGGAAUUGGUCAGUGGGCAAAUUCCUAAUUUAUUUAGGAAUAUAGGAAGCUGCCUUAUACCAAGCGAGACCAUUGGUGCAUGUUGCCAACUACACUGAUUGGCAGUAGCUCUCCAGGGUUGUAAACACAAUGGUAUCCUAAUCUCAGCUGAAAAAGAUGGCAGUGAAACACAGAAUGUUAUACAUGCAAAGCUAUAAUUAAAUCUUCCUCUUUCUUUGGGUACUCUGAAGAAAGAAUGCAGCUUAACACCACUUUGAAUGUCCUGUCUUAAUGCUAUGGAUUCAAGGGAGCUGUAGUUUGGUGAGACACCAACACUUUUUGGCAGAGAAGGCCAAACAACUUGUAAAACUACAAGUCCCAGGAUUCCAUAGCAUUGAGCACAUGGCAAUUAAAGGGGUGACAAACUGCAUUCAUUCUACAGUGUAGAUGCGUCGUUAGAGCAGGACAUGUGCUAACUGAAAGGCUGUUUGACUUUGGCACAAUCAAAUGUAAUAAUGGCAUAAUAAAAUGACUUAUUUUUUAUUUUUCAGAAAUUUAAUUUUCACUUACAAGAAUAGAUGUCAAGCAAAAAGGACUGUAUUUUCUUCUGAAUGCAUGUUUCUGUUGCAGAACAUUUUAAAACAUGUUUGAGGGGCAUCCAGUGGCAGGGGUUUCAUCUUCCUCAAUCUGAACUGUUAUACUAUAGGAUUUUAGACAGGAUUUGUUCUUUAAGUAGAUUGGGCGCAAAGCUGAAAACGUAACGUAUAUUCACUAGGACGUAUGAGACUUGAGUAUAAACAAAUCUGAAGUCAGACUGUUAGGCCACAAUUCUGAGCCCCAUUAACAGCAUAAUGUAGUUUGUUACGUAAUUCUUGUUUGGAAGAUUUUGGGGGCAAUAAGUCAAUAAUAAGCAUUAUUUGGGAAAGAAUACUUGAACUGAUAUCCAUGUGUCCACAUUAGCUUGUUUUGCUAACACCACAAAGAAUAUUCCUAUUUAAUUUAAACAAAUAUGUGCACAAAUUCAUUAUGACAAUUUGGAUUUCGGGUAUGUUAACCCAUGACUAGGGGCUCCUGACUGGAAGGCCAGUGGUUCGAAUCCACAGGAUGGGGUGAGCUCUCAAUGAUAGCCCCAGCUUCUGUCAGCCUAGCUGUUUGGAAACAUGCAAAUGUGAGUAGAUCAAUAGGUACCGCUUCAGCAGGAAGGUAGCAGAGCUCCAUGCAGACAUGCCAGCCACAUGACCUAGGAGGCGUCUAUGGACAACACUAGCUCUUUAGAAAUUGAGAUGAGCACCACCUCCCAGACUCAACUAGACUUAAUGUCAAGGAGAAACCUUUACCUUUACUUUAACCCAUGACUGUUGAUUUUAAGGAACUGAGCAAGGAAAUAUGCUCAGAAUUGUGGCCUAACAGUCUGACUUCAGAUUUGUUUAUACGCAAGUCCUAGUGAAUAUACGUUACGUUUUCAGCUUUGCGCCCAAUCUACUUUGCGCCCAACUACAUUAUGCUGUUAAUGGGGAUUGCUGUUAGAAGUUUCAGUUGUGGUUUGCAGCUCAACUCUGAUUCUUCCAAAACAAGCCAUGGAUCUUAAAUCCAGAAUCAUGGACCUAAAUCCUCAAUAUUUGUCCAAUGCUAUAAACACUCUUAUGUGUCCCUCUGUGAUGGUCAGCCUGUUGGCUGUCUCUCCUCGACAGAUCCUCUAUUUGACCUAACUUUUAAGAUGAUUAGACUUGCAACACCUAAUAUAGCCAUUAGAAGAAUAAGACCUGAUUAGUGAUUUGAUGGAUAUCUACAUGUCACUCAUUCAGAGAUUUCUGUCACAUUAAUAUAGCACUUAACUAGGAUAAAUUUAGCUGAAAUUUGCUUUAAUUAGUUCAUUUAUUUUCUGAGGACCAUUGUGAUUUUGUAAAACAGAAGAGCAGCAUGCUAAGUGAAAAAAAAAUGGGUAGCUUUGAAUAUUUAUUGCAGUCCUCUAUCAAGGGUGGGAAUAAUGUGGUUCUCCAGAUGUUGUAAAAUGGCUACUCUCAAAACCCUCUACCAUCGGCUAUGCUGGCUAGGGCUGUUUGUGUUGCAAUACAACAAUAUCUGAAAGGAUGUGCCAUUUUCAUCUGUCUUUUACAUUGUUUACUGAUUGAGAUGGGUUUCACUGAAAUGAAAAGGUAUCACUUCCAAUGCCCAAGCCAUGUGUUGUAACCAAAAUAUUUAAAUAAUUUAGUUGGAGGUUUAAAGGCAUUAAAAUGAUAGUUACGUCAAAUAGGUAUUGAUUGAUAUUCCAAUCUUAAAUCAGUGUAUCUGUGAGGGAUACAUUCCUGGACUUUGUCUGGUUAUAUAAACUAGAUAAUAGCAAGCAUUAUUGAAAUUGAGGACUGCUGGCCCAAGAAUACCAAAGAAUCUCACUGAAGGACCUAGAAUUAAUAUCCAAUAAAAUAUAUGUCCACUGUGUUGUCGAAGGCUUUCAUGGCUGGCAUCACUGGGUUGCUGUGAGUUUUCUGGGCUGUAUGGCCAUGUUCUAGAAGCAUUUUCUCCUGAUGUUUCGCCCACACCUAUGGCAGGCAUCCUCAGAGGUUGUGAGGUACAUUGGAAACUAAGCAUGGGACAUGGCCAUACAGCCCAGAAAACUCACAACAAUCCAAAAUAUAUGUUGACACUGGCAUAUGUGGCUAUUUCCCAUGAUCCCUUCUGGAUGUGGAUCUAUGUCCACCAUUCUGUUGCUCCAGUCCUUACUGAACUACCUCAGUGAGUCACUAGAGGCGGAGCAGGGAACAUAAGCCCUUCUAUGCAGCUUGCCAUGAACAUAAUUUCAUCUGGAUUCAUGCUCAAAUGCACUCUUCAGUCCACGUCAAAUCAUCCAGAGACUUUGCUCUUGCCAAAACUUUGCAUAAUUAAUCAUUCUAAACUGAGUGCAGAGAUUCUAAUCUGGUCCUCCAUGCCUUGUGCGCUCAAUGCUUUUAACCAGUCUCCAUUUCUCUGUCUGCUAGAACAGAAACAACAUUAAAGGGAGGGUGGAAUGAAACUGUAAGGCCCAUUGUAAAUUGCCUAAAAGGGAAAUUUUGGUAAAGAACUGAGAAUGUUCUAUCCACUGUAUCACCAUAGAAUUAAUGCAGCUUGACACCACUUUAACAGCUAUGGCUUAAUGUUGUGGAAUCAUGGGAGUUGUAGUUUUAUAAAGUUUUUAACCUUCUCUGCCAAAGAAUGUUACUGCCUCAACAAGCUACAAAUUGCAGGACUCCACAGCAUGAAGCCACAACAAUUAUUCAUGUCAAGCUGCAUCCUUAGAUCUGGUUGAAAUGAGCUUCACUCUAAAAAUUUAAGAACAACUCUGGGUUAAGAAAAUAUAGCAUAUUCAAGUCUCCUGCUCCCUUCCAUUAACAAUGUUUCAUGGUUGUAAUCUAAUUUAACACAUAUCUUUUCACAGAAUAGGAAAUUGUGACCCCAUACAUUUUAUCAUUAAAUAAAUAUACAGUUUGCACACUCCUGUGCAAGCAUGCCUUUUAUUUUACCUCUUCCCCCUCCAAGACCCAGCUCUGUGUUAUAGCACAAUAUAGGGGGAAAAUAUUUUCUUUCCCUCCCCACCCCAGUUAUGAUCAUAGUAUUCAUUUAAGGCGUGCAUUAGAAGAAUAUGGAAAGGGCUUGGCUGCUAUGUGUCUGAUUUUGGUGACUUUGGUGGUCACGUAAGAUCAGCAGAUUUAUAUUGAACUGCAUUAUCAGUGCGCCCUACUUACCAUGGUUGGGGCAAAGCACCUUUUGAUUUUGAGUGAAGUUGGAUUGCAUCUCCCUGAAUAUAUGCUCCUGAUAUAAUUCCACAGGAUGAUCUUGUUUUAGAGAACAGCAUGGUUUGGCUCAAGCCUAAGGUCCCUUCCACACAGCUGAAUAAAAUCUCACAUUUUCUGCUUUAAACUGGAAUAUAUGGCAGUGUGGACUCAGAUAACCCAGUUCAAAGCAGAUAUUGUGGGAUUUUCUGCCUUGAUAUUCUGGGUUAUAUGACCGCGUGGAAGGGCCCUUAGACUAUGGAGACCAGGCUUUGAAUCCCAUUGGGUGACCUUGCGUGAGCCACACUCUCUCAGGCCCAGGAUACCUCAUGAUAGGUCCCUCUUAGGGUUGCCAGAAGUUAGAAAUAAUUUAAAGACACACAAACAACAACAGUAGAAUAUCUAUGGGUUAGCACUCACGUUAAAUUGAUUUGACUGGGGAUGAAACCAUUCAGAAAAGAGAUUGGAAGUUGCUGUUUUGUGCUACUAUCACAUGUUUUGUAAAUGGUACUACAGUCCAUGAAGAAGUGUUAAGGAGUAACAUGUCAGUGAAAUAAUUAAGUCCAUAUGAUCCCAUUCGAUAAGGAAAAGGACACAAUAGGAAAAGAAUUCUUGGAGAAAGCUCUAUGACAUUUUGUCACGACUGAUACAGCUGUACAAAGACAGAGUUGUUGAAAGACAAAGUCUGAUUAAUGAUAGGGUCACUAGUUAGUCCUAAACAGCCUAGGACAUGGUUAGGUGUAUCUCAAUAACAUACAACACACAGACCUACCUCGGGAGAAAGCUACUUCACACUAUUUGAGUUUCUUGCGUGUUUGUCAUUUGUCACUGUAGGCACACAAACUUGGUAUGAAAUAUCCUAAACCCAAAGUAAACAGUAUGUGGAGUUUUAUACAAUGUUCUGUGUGACUCAUUGGAAUCAAUUGAACUCAGUUGUGCUCAAUGUUUUAUCAAUUGUCCUGGUUUAUAUGAUGGUGAGUCUUCUAGGGCAGAGGUGGGCAAAGGUCUAGUCAGCAGAACCAGCCGGGAGGAAUGCUGGGAUUUGCAGUUGAAAACACCAGAAGAGAUGCACUUCUUUGGCUUGGAUCUCUAUGACUAUAGUCUAGAGGUGUCUAGAUUGUAGUCAUUGUCUAUGGUAGACCUGGACUUGCUAGAUCAUACAUAUAAACAAAUAAACUAUUGUUGUUUUGGAGAACUGUUAUUCAGAUAAAGCCGCCACUGGUCCCAUAUGCAAAUCUUUGGGCAUGUCUAAAGAAGCCUUUUGAAAUACAUGGAGGUACAGGAAUUUAACCCAUAGGUCAAAGGUAAAGGUUUUCCCCUGACAUUAAGUCUCAUCAUAUCCAACUCUGGGGGUUGGUGCUCAUCUCCAUUUCUAGCUGAAGAGCCAGCGUUGUCCGUAGACGCCUCCUAGGACAUGUGGCUGGCAUGACUGCAUGGAGCGCCUAUUGAUCUACUCACAUUUGCAUGUUUUUGAACUGCUAGGUUGCCAGAAGUUGGGGCUAACAGUGGUAGCUCACCCCACUCCCCGGAUUUGAUCCGCUGACCUUUCGGUCAGCAAGUUCAACAGCUCAGCGGUUUAAGUCAUACAUUUUGCCAAAUUAACCUAUAAAUUUUGCCAGAUUAAUUGGGGCUCAUGAGUUCUUGAACCCUUGGCAAGUUUUCAAUACAACAUUGUGAAGGUCAAAAUAAUAAUCCUAGCUUAACCCAGUACGUAAAAAUGUAUGCCUUGCCUGGUGUCCUCUCCCUGCUCCCAGCCCCGCAGCACAUAUUGGUUGGAAUUCAUCAUAAUUGUAUUGACUUUAGCAGAGAUAUGCCUGAUUUACUAUGGGAUUGGAAUGAGAUCCCAUGGAUGUAUUGUUAAAUAAGCAAUCUUGUAACUACUCUCAGAAUAUAACCAGAGGGAAGAGUGCAAAAUUAGUGUUAAAAAUAGUGCUGCACAUCUUGACACUUUUUUUUUACAUUGUCUUGUUCCAAAUACUUUCCCUCUACCCUUGGCCAGACCUCAGGAAUGUCCCCAUAGUUAAGAACUUCUGCUUAAAAGCCUUGCACUGUGCUUAUCUUUAUUUAUUUUUUAUUUUUAAAAAGCAUAGGUAUUUUCUCCUGUAGCAUUCAUCAGCGGUGUAUUUCUGAAAGUGCAGCUACUGUUUUCCUGGAAAGCUGUAUGAAGAAUGUUUGCAAAUCAAGCAGCUGACCAUUAGGUCCUGAAAUGCAGGCUUAGGACCCAAAGCUGUUGCCAUUUACAUCUGAAUAUUUAAACUAUGACAUCUUAUGUUUUUCUUUCCUUGUUAUCAAGAAACAUUUUGCAGGAAGCAGGUUACAUUCUUACCGCUUCAUGUUUUUAAUGACCCCAGAUAUGUGUUUGUCCAACUAGCAAAGCAAAUGCAUUUACUGUUGCCCUGUCCUGAAGGCCUCCCCAAAAAUCCACAUAAUUUAUAGCUUUCCAUAUAUUGUAUUGAAAAGCAGAAAUCAUUUUCCUUUUCUCUCUUACAGUUUAUUUUUUCAUUCCCCCAAACUAUCAUUUACUGUAUUUUCCACUUGUCUGUAUAGAGGGGGAAAUGCCAAUUUUUGGAUUGGAAAAAAAAUGUCUGGGUCUGAGUGUGUGAAAUGUUCAAUGGAAGAUAGUUCUGUAAGUGAUGGUGUAAAUGCAUUGCGUGUGUGUAUUCAAAAAUUUAAAUAGACUGUACAUAUGGAUUGUAAAUGAACUGUAAACAAGCAAUAUAUAUUUUCUUGAACAUAUUAUAUAGUGGUAUAUAUUUGUUAAAUAAGCAAUCUUGUAUACUCUUAAUUAGCCCUUUAAAUAUUUUGUACAGAUAAGUUUAUUAAAUAUUUUAUUGAUA